AUGUCUGCCAUAAGUUCACCCACGGUUCCGACGUCAUCAGGACCACCAGCACCAGCACAGCCGCAUCUUCUAUCAACUUCAGAUGCACUCGUUGAAUAUUCCAGCUAUAUCCUCGAAGAGCUAGACGACUUGCACAAAGUGGAAUACAAUAAAAAGGGCCGCAAGUACAGAUUUGUCUCGAACAACGGCGGGUUCCAACGCGUGCGGCAAGAAGAUAAGCACUUGAUCGUCUACCCCGAGGAUCCCACAUUGCUACUUUCCUUUUAUUCCGCUUAUUUGAUUCUAUACAAUAUCAACCAGGGCGAGAUUUUCAAAGAGUUUCCGCUGUUCUGCUGCACGAUUCUAGGGUUGGCCAAGAGUUUGGAGUCGAACCAUUGGUACGAGGAAGAGAAUCUGAGUGUUUUGCAUUUGAAAAACUCCAAAGUUGAUCCGAGAGAUGUCGUCCUAGCUGAAGCUGAUGCAUUUGUUCGCAAACAUCCCAUUACAGACGAGCAUGUGCGCCAGGGGAUCAAUUUGCUCAUAUGUUCCAAGUUGAAUUUCUUGCAUACUGACCAUCACGUGGGUACGAAGUUGGAAGGGUACUAUUUGAGGUUGUACAUUGAGGAGUAUUUCGGGGAGGAGGCCUUGGCGUCGCAUGAUGUGCUUGUCGCGUUAAAGAGCUGUGUUCAUUGGGGCAACAUCAAGGGAGUCUUGUACAAGUUGGACGUGCCGCACAUUGCCACCAACGACGAGUUGGUGCUUAACUUUGCCUCUUUCCCUGAUCCGCUGCAGGAGUUGAAGGAUAAUGUGUAUGAGCGGUACCCCAGUGGUACCUCAAAGUACCUGCUUUUGAAGAAACUGAUAGAUUUGAUUGCAGAGUCCAAGUACGCCAGGUUGAUCCAUCUAGAUCCUGACGUGUUUGACGUCAAGUGGUUAUACCAACUUUGCCAUGACAUCGAAGUUAACCCCAUCAAGUACCAUUUGAGGUCAAAGGCAAAGUCCUUGUAUGACGAGGAGCCUGUCAAUCUAGCAGAGCUCGGCGCAAAGAAUAACCUAGCUGCCAACAAGCUUUUCCAAUUUAUCUCGCUCGUGAUCAAUUUCAUCCCCACGGAGGAUUAUGGGUUUUUGCUUCAAAACUCGAAAAUCCCCAAAGUGGAAGAAAAAUUGAUCGAAGAGAACGAGGCAUUGUAUCAUGAGAUGUCGGACUUGGCUCAAAAAGUGGAAGCCUACGAGAAGAAAUUGUGGGAUACGGGCGAUAUCGUGGCUAGAUUGCAGCAGGACAUCAACUGGAGCGUGCGGGAGUCGGCUUACAAUCAAAUCAUGGGAGCCCGACACGAAUACGAGAACGGAGACUAG